AUGUCUAACGUUCAGACUUUCGGAAAGAAGACCGCCACCGCCGUCGCUUUCGUCACUCCCGGUAAGGGUUUGGUCAGGCUCAACGGAUCUCCCAUCUCGGUCGUCGAGCCUGCCGUCCUCCGAUACAAGAUCUACGAGCCCAUCCUCACCGUUGGUGUCGAGAGGUUCCAGGGAAUUGACAUCCGUCUCCGAGUCAAGGGAGGUGGUCACGUUUCCCAGAUCUACGCCUUGAGGCAGGCUAUUGCCAAGGGUGUCGUUGCUUACUUCGCCAAGAACGAGGACGCUGCUUCCGCCCUCGAGCUCAAGAAGGCUUUGGUCCAGUACGACCGAACCUUGUUGGUCGCCGACCCCCGACGAAUGGAGCCCAAGAAGUUCGGAGGAAAGGGAGCCCGUGCCAGGCGACAGAAGAGUUACCGUUAA